AUGGGGGAAAAUGAAAGCUCAAAAAACUUAAAUGCAUUAUUAGAGGUUCUUUUGGGUUCUAAAGUGGAUAAUGUAGAUUGCACAGAAGAAUCUCUUUUAAAAUUGAUUGAGUUGAAGAAACAACAAGAAAUAACAAAACAGCAUUAUUACCAAUUAGAAAUAUCAAAUGCAUCGAUUAAUUUACUGAAAUUAGCUAUGAGCUAUAAAAUCCCUCCAAAUCAAAUAUCAUCUAUGUUUAUCAGUUCAAGUCGACAAGCAGCAGCUGGUGCUGUUAGCAGCAAUAAAAACGUCACAAUGGAGGAAAAUACUCCCAUUACAAAAAUUAAGACUGAACCGUUAUCUAAACAACCACUCUCAUAUCAAUUCCCACCCCGUGCAUCUCCGACCAAUCAAGCUUCUAACCAUAUAACAAAAACUAAACAUAAAAGAACAAACUCACCUGCUAGAAUUGGUGCAAAUGCAGUGGCUCUGUUAAAUGACGCAAAUGUUAUAAACGAAGAGGAACCUCAGCCACAGAUCCCUUCUUUUGAUACCAUGAAUAACAAUGUUUCCAGUUAUAAGAAUUUAAAGCAACCUCAGAAGGUGAAGUUGCAUAAACGGAAUAUAUCUCUUCCGAUGAAUACGAGUAACUAUUAUAAUAUGACAAAUGUGAUUGAUUUUAACGUUGGUCAGGCAUCAAUAGCAGAAAAUCUGACGAUUAAGAAUUUUUCGAAUAAAACUAAAAUGCCUUCAAAUCAAUCCGGAAAUCAUUUAUUACCAACGAUUUCUGCUGGUUCGUAUCAUCAGCGUACAAGAUCUUCCAGCCCAUUUAAAGUAGUUGAUCUUAAUCAAAUUGAAAUAGGGACUCAACAAUUUAAGGAAAGUUUAUCACCUGGUAAAGAAAAAGCGUUGACAUUGGCACACCCUAAGUCAAGAGGAAAUACCAUCGAGAAUACAGAUGAGUUAACAUACAGUGAAAAAAGUAGUGCUAACAAUAGUCCCGUAAGGCCAACAAAUUCUCAAAAGUUAGUUAGUAAUAUUAUAAGCAGGGCUUGA